AUGACAAGUCUCAUACUAUGUGGAUUCUAUCUCUUCGGUCUUUUGGGCAGUCUCUUUAGCCUUGCCAAACGCAACAUAGCUAAGGCCAUCAAGGCUUUUCGGAUGUCUCCUCGACUAUUCCACUGGGCUUUCGACCAGCAUGAUGUCGGCUCUAUGUCCAAUACCCUUACAGUUCUCGAUAACCGUACUAGACGACGGUACAAGAUUCCUAUCAGGCACAAUGCAGUCAACGCCCUCGAGUUUCAAAAGAUCACUACUGCUCGUUUCGGCGGCGAAUCUGUCGGCGAUUUUGAGUCUGGCUUGCGAGUUUUCGAUCCCGGCUACCUCAACACUGCGUGCGUUGAAUCCAGCAUCACCUUUAUCGACGGCAAGCGAGGUUACAUUCAAUAUCGCGGUUACCCCAUAGAGUACCUUGUUGAAAAGCACGACUACGAAGAGGUCAUCCAUCUUCUCAUCUGGGGUCACCUACCCAACGCACCAGAGAAAAAGUCUUUGCAACGGAAAAUUGCUGCAGGUUGCGUUCCACCUGAGCACGUCAUCCAAGUCAUCAGAUCGUUUCCUAGGGACUCUUUGACUAGCACGAUGGUCAUUGCCGGUGUGGCUGCUUAUGCUAGUCGAGAUGAGGGAGCCACUCGUACACUCCAGUCUGGCUGUCCGGAGUACUUGGGUCAGCCCGAAAAGGUUGACGCCGCCCUCAUCAGCUCCUUAUCCGCUCUCGCCACUGUUGUUGCUCUCGCAUAUUGCCACAAACGUGGUAAAGCUUUCACUCCUGUCGACCCUGAAGCUACCUUCAUUGAAAAUGUUAUGAAGAUGAUGGGCUUUGGAGAAGGGGCGAGUGACAAGCCCAACUCGGAAAUGAUACAAUGUUUUAAUAGGCUUUGGAUCCUCUAUGCCGACCAUGAAAUGACCAACUCAACCGCUGCAUUCUUGCACGCAGCCUCUACUCUAGCUGACCCAUUGUCGUGCUGCAUCUCCGGAAUCGUCUCCGGAUACGGCCCGCUUCACGGCGGUGCCAUCGACCUCGCAUACAAGGCCUUCGAGAACCUCAAAGCCCCUGAAAACGUUCCGGCACUGAUUGCCGACGUGAAAGCCAAAAAACAACGCCUUUUCGGGUACGGUCAUCGUAUAUACAAGGCCAUCGACCCUCGCGCCAAGAUCAUACGCGCCAUGAUUGACCAGCACAAGAACAAGUUCGAAUCAAACUCACUACUUGCAGUCGCGAUGGAGAUUGACCGCGUCGCCAACAUGGAUGAAUACUUCACCAGCCGUAGCCUCAAGGCUAACGCAGACCUCUACGGUUGCUUUUUGUACACCGCUUUCGGCUUCGAAUCGGAUAUAAUUGUAGCCAUGGCUAGCUUGUCACGCAUACCCGGUGUGUUGGCUCACUGGCGAGAGGCAAUGCUCGAGAAAGCCCCUUUGUUAUGGCGGCCGCAGCAGAUAUUUACCGGCACCCUAGUCGAAGAGCAAUGUCGUAAAUAUCCCUGA